AUGGUUAGAAGAGGGAUUGUACCUCCUGUGAAAGGAAUAGGUGCAGGGGCCAAGGGUGGGGCCGCCGACAUACCUUCCACCAACGGUGUAACAGGAGGAGGAUAUCCGAGACCAAUUACGCCAGGCUCAGCGACACCAGACUCUGAUGUACCGCGGCUAGGACAGGGAGGCGAUGAUAUUGGCACAUACAAACCACCCGUCACCGGUGCCGGUGACACGUUGUCAUCGCCAAAUCAAUCCGGCAGCGGCACGGCAAGCUCAUCGACGAAUCCGUGUGCGCGAAACAAGGACAGCUGCGAUGCCAUCAAAGACGUCGCGGAAGAACUCGUCGGGCAGAUCAUAGACGCCAUCGGAGACGCGGCCGGGCCAGAGAGCUCGUCUGGGGUUUCGGACGCAGCGACACCGUCAACGAGCCUGAGCGUCGUCACCCCGUCUCCGACACCGAUGCCGAACCUCAACACGUCCAUGUGGAUGGAUCUAUCCGACUACGAAGCGCUGUUCACAGAAGACGAAUACAGCAUGCUGAAGGACGACCCGCUCUGCUUCUACGCCAACUUCGGGCGCCUCUACGAAAACUACGCCAACGAAUCUACUGCGUCGAAACCAACUGCGUCGGUCACAGGAGCCGCACCGCCAGUCAAGCGCACCGCUAAGGUGAGGCCAAGAGGCGCGGACUCGGACCUAGGAUACAACUACGCGGGUGGUGACCCCGGCACGUCGGCGGCAGACGCUAGCCAAGACUCCGACGACGAGGAGGCCGCCAGCACGCUGUACCUCAGCUACCUUCCCGACCAGCUGCGGCUUGUAUAUACGGCGACACCAACAUCCUUGACGGUGACUGCCACGGCGACAACGACUUGUUCGGGGCUCAGCGACCUGGGCAUCGAGAGUUUCGCGACGCCGUACGUCGUCUUUGGCUAUCGGGAGGAAUACUCGGCGAUCGAGACCGAGAGCGCGAGCUCGAGCAGCGUGGUGAGCGGUGUCUCAGGGAAUGGGGCAGUGCCUUGGUCUGGGAUGGUGAUGUUGGGUCUAUUGUGGUUUGCGAAAAUGUUUUGA